CAAAUAUUUCUCUACAUGAUUUUAAAUUAUUUAUGGAAUGUCUUGAGCAACUUGAAUAUUUACGUAGUGAUAAUUUUGUAAUUGUAAGCGAUUUCAAUAUUCCGUCAUUCAACAGUGCUGAUGCAAGUGAUAGUAAAUGUAGAACAAUGCGAAACUUCCUACAUUUCCUAUAUGCUGACCAAUACAAUAAUGUAGUUAAUUUGCAAGGUAGAACUCUUGACCUUAUUUUAUCAAGCUGUCUAUGCCAUGUUGAGCACGAUGAUUUCGCUUUAAUUAAGGAAGAUGUAUACCACCCUGCUUUGGAUUUUACUUUACAACUUACCUAUAAAUCUUCGGCUAUAUUUCCCAUCAACGCGUCUUGCAAAGUGUAUAAUUUUGCAAAAGCAAAUUUAUCGCAGUUGUACCACGAUCUUUUAAAUGUAAACUGGAACUUCCUUAACGAGUGCAGUGAUGUUAAUGUUGCCUGUUCAAAUUGUUAUAGUGUACUUUAUUCGAUUUUUGAUAUACAUGUCCCUAAAUUUAGAUCUAGCAAAAAGUUAUCUUACCCACCUUGGUUUACUACGGAAAUCAUACAGAACCUCAAGCUUAAAAAUUAUUUUUUCAAUAAAUAUAAGAACUCUAAAAGUAACUUUGCGUAUGCUGAAUUCAAAAGACUUCGAUCUAAGAUUAAAAUGAUGUCCUCUAUAUCCUAUAAAAAUUAUGUUAGCAGUAUUGAAUACUCAAUCAGCAAAGAUCCUAAACGAUUUUGGUCAUACUUUCACAAUAAAAGGGGUACUUCUAGAAUUCCAGGUAAAAUGUUUCUUAAUGAUUGUACUUUUAAUACACCUCAGUCAAUUGUAAACGCAUUCAAGGAUUAUUUUUGCAGUGUCUAUGCUCCCUUGGGUGAGCACCUACCUUCUUGCACCCCAAAUGUAAGUAAUAUGCCUAUUAUUAAUAUUACAAGCAUAUCAACCGAAGAAAUUAUGUCUUCUAUGUCUAAAUUGAAAUCUAAAAUGACUACAGGUCCCGAUCAAAUCCCCAGUUGCCUUGUCAAGGAAUUUUCAGAUGCCUUCAUAUAUCCGUUACUCAUAAUAUUUAACCUUUCUCUUAAAACUUCGGCGUUCCCUAACUGUUGGAAGGAAGCUCGCAUCUGCCCGGUGUUUAAAAAUGAUGACCCAACUAUAAUAUGCAAUUACAGACCAAUUAGUAUACUUUCUAACUUUGCCAAAAUACUAGAAACGAUAUUAUAUUCGCGAAUCUAUCCCCAAAUUCGAAAUUAUAUCUCUCCAGAUCAGCAUGGCUUUAUGGAAAAUCGUUCAACUAUCUCAAAUCUGUCUUGCUUUACACAGUUUGCUUCGAAAGUAUUGGAUAAUCAGGGUCAAGUGGAUGUAAUAUACAUAUACUGA